GAAGGCGGAAGCUUACUGUCUCCGGGCGGCGGCAGAACCAGGAGUCCAGAUUUCCACGUUCUCCGGAGCGGGGCGCCGGGAGACGGCGUGUGGCAAAACCCGGCGCCCGGAAGCCCUUGCUUUCUUUGACGCAAAGGCUCGGGACGAAGCAGCCGCCGUCUGCCCAGCGCCGGGCUAGGAGCGACCCCAGACGGAGCCUCCGAAGUCCCUCCGCCCCACAGCCUCGGCCGUCCCCGCCGCCGUCCUCGUGGCCAUGGAGUGUCCGCACCUCAGCUCCAGCGUCUGCAUCGCCCCGGACUCAGCCAAGUUCCCCAACGGCUCCCCGUCGUCCUGGUGCUGCAGCGUGUGCAGGUCCAACAAAAGCCCCUGGGUCUGUUUGACUUGUUCAAGUGUCCACUGUGGAAGGUAUGUGAACGGCCAUGCAAAAAAACAUUAUGAAGAUGCACAGAUCCCCUUACCCAACCAUAAGAGAUCCGAAAAGCAAGAGAAAGCACAGCAUACAGUGUGUAUGGAUUGCAGUAGCUACAGCACAUACUGUUACCGCUGUGAUGAUUUUGUGGUCAAUGACACCAAGCUGGGCCUGGUGCAGAAAGUGAGGGAACACUUACAGAACUUGGAAAACUCAGCUUUUACAGCUGACAGGCAUAGAAAAAGAAAAUUAUUGGAAAACUCAUCACUAAACAGCAAGUUAUUAAAAGUAAAUGGGAGUACGACUGCCAUCUGUGCCACAGGCCUUCGGAAUUUGGGCAACACGUGUUUCAUGAAUGCUAUCCUUCAGUCGCUCAGUAACAUUGAACAGUUUUGCUGUUACUUCAAAGAACUUCCUGCAGUGGAGUUGAGGAAUGGGAAAACGGCAGGAAGGCGGACAUACCACACUAGGAGCCAAGGGGACAACAAUGUGUCUCUGGUAGAAGAGUUUAGGAAGACACUGUGUGCUUUAUGGCAAGGCAGCCAGACUGCAUUCAGUCCCGAGUCAUUGUUUUAUGUUGUCUGGAAGAUCAUGCCUAACUUCAGGGGUUAUCAGCAGCAAGAUGCCCACGAAUUCAUGCGCUACCUUUUGGAUCACCUACACUUGGAACUUCAGGGUGGCUUCAAUGGUGUUUCCAGAUCAGCAAUUCUACAGGAGAAUUCUACUCUGUCUACAAAUAACAAAUGCUGCAUAAAUGGAGCAUCAACUGUUGUCACAGCAAUAUUCGGAGGAAUUCUCCAGAAUGAGGUCAACUGCCUCAUCUGUGGGACAGAGUCGAGGAAGUUUGAUCCAUUCCUAGAUCUCUCUUUAGAUAUUCCAAGUCAGUUCAGAAGCAAGCGCUCUAAGAACCAGGAAAGUGGGCCAGUUUGCUCAUUACGAGAUUGUCUCCGAAGCUUCACCGACCUAGAGGAACUUGAUGAGACAGAGUUGUAUAUGUGCCACAAGUGUAAAAAGAAACAAAAGUCCACAAAAAAGUUUUGGAUUCAGAAACUUCCCAAGGUGCUGUGCUUGCACUUGAAAAGGUUUCACUGGACAGCGUAUUUAAGGAACAAAGUUGACACGUAUGUAGAAUUCCCGCUGAGAGGCCUGGACAUGAAGUGCUACCUGCUAGAGCCAGAGAACAGUGGCCCAGAGAGCUGUCUGUAUGACCUUGCUGCUGUGGUGGUGCAUCAUGGCUCUGGGGUUGGUUCUGGACAUUACACAGCAUAUGCAGCUCAUGAAGGCCGCUGGUUCCACUUCAACGACAGUACUGUAACAGUGACUGAUGAGGAGACCGUUGGGAAGGCAAAGGCCUACAUUCUGUUCUAUGUGGAGCGUCAGGCCAGAGCUGGAUCAGAUAAACUUUAAUACCUCUUCUGACCACAAUUCAACUAUGCCGGACAAACAUUUCCAACUUUCCAUAAAUACUUGAUCCAAGAGUUAAUUUUGUUAUGCACUUUUCAAUUUCCAGUUUGGGGUUAGUUUGGUUGAUGGUAGUGACUUACUCAAUAUGGGCACCAACUAAUUGUUAUUCCACCAGAAAACCUCGGCAGGCAUUUGGAUUGGCUGCUUUAAUUGUAAUAACUCGAGUUUUAUAUGUAGUUUCCAGGACUUAGUUCUGUUUGACUUUUUAUAUUAGUGUUUUCAUUUGUCACCAAGGCACAUGCUGAGAGCCACCCUCCCUGCUGCCUUUCAGAGCGGCCAGGUCAGGGACUCCAAUGAGGAUGGUGUGCGCAGGACCUGUGGCCCACUGGUCUCGCAGUGACUGCUCAGGAAUUCCUUCUGACUGUAGGUGGUAGCUGAAGGUCAGUAGACCAGGCCAUUGCCACUGCCUGUGUCUCUGGGCUUAUGUUUCUCAGCGUUAAUAAAUCUGUCGGUUCUGUUGUAUCUGUGCUCAAGUUCCAGAAUUACUGUUUGUUUCUGAUGUACUGUCUGUAUGUCCUUGGAGCAGACAGGCCAGGAACACUGAGUGUUUGAAAAGCCCUGUGAUUUAGCUGCAUGGUAGAGGUGUGUCCCGUGAGGCGGACUGUGUGCCCCUCAGAGGUGAGGUGUUACCUCCAGAGUUGACAGUCGCCUGAGUUCAGGUGUUGCUGUGGCACCCCUUCCAGACAGGAGUCCAGUCACCUUUAGUCUGGUUUAACUUGCUCCCUGCCUGGGGCAGAGCCAGCUGAACUGUUCUUGUCUCUGAAGAAUAGCUUCUAUUCUGGAAUUCAGAAGCUUAAAAAACAAUUUUUUUUGUUCACAAAAGUAGGUAGAAGCACUAUUUGGAUUCAACCCAAACUGAAAUUUGGCCCAUUUAAAAAAGGCAGCUCAUGGCAAGUGCUGGAGGCCAGGGACUGACUGUGGGGGUGGAGGGAGUGGAACCUGCAAGUCAGGGUUCAGAACUCCAGUACGGCUUGUUCAUGUUCACCUCCAAAAGGGACAAGAUGUACUUCAUGCAGACUUUGUAGCAAUCUUAUUUUUUCUAUUUAAGGAAAAGUUUGGUAGCUUUUCUUGGUUAGUGUGAAGUUGAUGGAGCAGACAUGGCCUGGUUCCACUUUAAUAUCAGCUGGAUAAAUUCUGCAUUCCUUCCCAGCAGAAAUGACAUACUGGAUCAGCACUUCAAUACAAACCUAACUUGAACCUGUCAGGACAAUGGCCACAUGUGUUUAAAUUGAAAAUGCAUUCCUCAGUCACAGUAGUCAUGGUCCCAGUGCUGGAUACAGGACAGUGCAGUCUGGUGCAUUUCCACAAGGCAUGGGUUCUCUUGCACAACACUGGUCUAAAUUGUUAUGCAGAAAAACAAAGCCGUGGCAUCGUGGUUUAAGCAUUUGGAAAGACAUUAAGAAACUGUGCUGCGUUAUAAAGUAGAGGCAUAUGCAGUUCUACUGGUUUGAUCCACAGACUGAGAGUCACAUGAUUUGCUCUAAUAUAUUAGAACCAUGAUUAACUCAA